CGCUAGGUGACCCCGCCUCUUCCUUUCGGCGUGUGCGUGAAGUAGGAAGGCUCGUGCGGAGGAGUAAAGCAUGGAGGGGACGAGGGAGGGCGCGCUCCCGUUGCCUCCUGUGGCGAUGGGAACUCGGGCUGCCAGCGAAGGUGGGGACGGCGAGGGCUUCGCUAGCGUCCGCAAGCGGAAGAGACGAACAGGCGAGCGACGGGAGGGUCCCAUGGAGACUGGUGAGGGGCCUUUGCCCAGGAAGCGGCCUGAUUUUCCACCUCUUCGCGGGGAAGCUCUCGGGGGUGGAAAAGAUAUGAGGAAAAUUCCUGUACCGGCAAACAGAUACACACCUUUGAAAGAGAACUGGAUGAAAAUUUUUACGCCUAUUGUAGAACACUUGCAGCUUCAAAUUAGGUUUAAUUUAAAAACAAGAAAUGUAGAGAUAAAGACUUGUAAAGAAACGAAAGACAUAACUGCUUUGACAAAAGCAGCUGAUUUUGUGAAAGCUUUUAUACUUGGAUUUCAAGUUGAGGAUGCACUUGCUCUCGUCAGAUUAGAUGACCUUUUUCUGGAAUCCUUUGAAGUAACAGAUGUCAAGCCAUUAAAAGGAGACCAUCUUUCUAGAGCAAUAGGAAGAAUUGCUGGGAAAGGUGGAAAAACAAAAUUCACUAUUGAAAAUGUAACAAGAACACGAGUAGUUCUUGCAGACUCGAAAGUACAUAUUUUGGGGUCUUUCCAGAAUAUUAAAAUGGCACGAACAGCAAUUUGCAACCUCAUUUUAGGAAGUCCUCCAUCAAAGGUUUAUGGCAAUAUUAGAGCAGUGGCCAGUAGAGCAGCAGAAAGGUUUUAAGAUCAACAAUUAUGACUUGAAGCUAUAAGGUUAUUCCACACAAUGCCUUGUAUACAGAAGCAGCGACUCCUGGUAGUUCUCCAUUCCCAUGUGAUCGGUGCAGGAAAGAGAUGCUGUAGCUGAGUGUUCUCAGCCAGACAUACUGUCUGAUCUUUGAUGAUACUCAAAUGAACUUAUGUACAUAAUAAAGAUGGCAAUCAGAA